CACUUGUGUUUGGUUGCUCUGGAUUCAAGAUGGGUUCUCAAAAUGUGCAAGGAAAUUUAGGGCAGGCAGGCAUUAUCCUUCUACAUAGGCCACCUUUUGAGGGGAGCUAGGUAGCUUGGCUAUGCAUCAAAUGCAUGAACUCCAUGAAUAUCGCUGGGAGUUCCACUCGACCUAUGGCUCCUCAUUUAUGGAAACAAGAACCAUGCGCGAUCCUUGAUCUUUGCGCCAAGCAACUCUGACGGUGGAACACACAAGAACGGUGUCCGGCCUACGUAUCGAUGACAAUGGAUGAUGGAUGCACGUUCGGCGCAACGACGAGGAUGAUGAUUUCACUACUUUUGUCGCCAUUUUGCCUUGUGCGGUUUGUUUUAUUGCUAGUUUGGUUCGCCGCGGCGGUUGAAGACGGUCUUCAGUAGAAAGGGCAUUCUAUAAACCUUUGUUGGAUUUUGAUCCUAACACCUAACACCUUAAUUUGCCAUUUACUAUUGAGUAUAUAUUCUGGUUUUAUAAUUUUAUUUAUACAUAUUCGUGAUCUUGUGACAGAUCUUCUGCCAAACUAAAAAAGUCACAUGGAGACAUGGAGUAAUGGUAAAAUGUGGAAAAGAUUUUCUUUUUGUGAAAUAUAAAAGCGGUCACAAAAUCACACUGGAGGAGGCAAGAACGGAAUAUACUCCCCGGUUAAUUAUUACUCCAACAAUCUCAGCGCCACAGCGGAGGCAAAAUCCAAAGAGACGACAAGGCCACAAGGGAAAGGAAAUCCUUCGCCCUUCUCCUCCCGCGCUCCCGUCGUCUCUCUUCCCGUCCGUCCCUAUAAAAGCCGGCCACCCUCCGACGACAACGAAUCCAUCAUCAAGCAACAAUCCUUCUUCCUCUGCUCUUGACUGCGACCGAUCUCUCCUCCUCCCCUGCGCCGGCGGUUGCAGGGAGAGGACAAAGCCACCGCGCGCGCGAGCGUAGCCAUGGUUGUCAACAACAAGGUGGACACCCUGACGUACGACGUGGAGGCGGGGCAGCCCCGGGUCUCCGGCGCGGCGGCUCCGCCACCGCAUCAGCGGAGCACGUUCGUGGUGGAGCAGCACAAGGUCUCGGCGCCGGAGCGUCGGUCCACGGCGCGGGCGCUGGGGCAGAGGCUGGCGGAGAUCUUCUUCCCCGACGACCCCCUGCACCAGUUCAAGAACCAGUCUUUCGCCCGGAAGCUCGUGCUCGCCCUGCAGUACUUCUUCCCCAUCUUCGACUGGGGCUCCCACUACAGCCUGAAACUGCUCCGCUCCGACGCCAUCGCCGGCCUCACCAUUGCCAGCCUCGCCAUCCCACAGGGAAUCAGCUACGCCAAGCUCGCCAACCUGCCUCCAAUCAUCGGCCUAUAUUCGAGCUUCGUGCCGCCGCUCAUCUACGCGCUGCUGGGGAGCUCGCGGGACCUGGCGGUGGGCCCGGUGUCGAUCGCGUCGCUGGUGAUGGGCUCCAUGCUCCGGGAGGCGGUGGCGCCGGAGCAGCAGCCCAUCCUGUACCUGCAGCUCGCCUUCAGCGCCACCUUCUUCGCGGGGCUCUUCCAGGCGUCGCUGGGCUUCCUCCGCCUCGGCUUCAUCGUCGACUUCCUGUCCAAGGCCACGCUCACCGGGUUCAUGGGCGGCGCCGCCAUCAUUGUCUCCCUGCAGCAGCUCAAGGGCCUCCUCGGCAUCGUCCACUUUACCACACACAUGGGCUUCGUCGACGUCAUGGCCUCCGUCGUCCGGCGGCACAGGGAGUGGGAGUGGCAGACCAUCGUCAUGGGCCUCGCCUUCCUCGCAAUCCUCCUCGGAACGCGGCAGAUCAGCGCUCGGAACCCGAGGCUUUUCUGGGUAUCGGCAGCUGCUCCCCUGACCUGCGUGAUCGCCUCCACCGUCAUCUCUUACUUCUGCAGGGGCAACGCCAUCAGCAUCAUCGGCGACCUUCCAAGAGGAGUGAACCCUCCAUCCAUGAACAUGCUCCACUUCAGCGGCUCCUACGUCGCCCUUUCGAUCAAGACAGGGAUCAUGACCGGCAUCCUAUCCCUCACCGAGGGGAUCGCGGUGGGUCGGACGUUCGCGUCGAUCAACAACUACCAGGUGGACGGGAACAAGGAGAUGAUGGCGAUCGGGGUGAUGAACAUGGCGGGCUCCUGCGCCUCCUGCUACGUCACCACCGGCUCCUUCUCCCGCUCCGCCGUCAACUACAGCGCCGGCUGCCGCACCGCGGUGUCCAACAUCAUCAUGGCGGCGGCAGUGCUGAUCACGCUCCUCUUCCUCAUGCCGCUCUUCCACUACACCCCCAACGUGAUCCUCUCCGCCAUCAUCAUCACCGCCGUAGCGGGGCUCAUCGACUUCCGCGGCGCCGCCAAGCUGUGGAAGGUGGACAAGCUCGACUUCAUGGCGUGCCUGGCCGCCUUCCUCGGCGUCCUCCUCGUGUCCGUCCAGGUCGGGCUCGCUGUCGCCGUCGGGAUCUCGCUCUUCAAGAUCCUGCUGCAGGUGACACGGCCCAACACCGUGGUAAAGGGGGUCGUCCCUGGCACGCAGAGCUACCGGAGUAUUGCGCAGUACCGGGAGGCAGUGCGCGUGCCGCCGUUCCUCGUCAUCGGCGUAGAGUCGGCGAUCUACUUCGCCAACUCAAUGUACCUGGUGGAGAGGAUCAUGAGAUAUCUCAGGGAGGAGGAGGAGCGCGCCGCCAAGGCCAACAUCUGCUCCGUGCGCUGCGUCGUCCUCGACAUGAGCGCUGUAUCUGCGAUUGACACGAGCGGGCUGGACGCGCUGGCGGAGCUGAAGAGGGUGCUGGACAAGAGGAACAUCGAGCUGGUGCUGGCGAACCCGGUCGGAUCAGUGACGGAGAGGAUGUACAACUCGGUGGUCGGGGAGAUGUUCGGUUCGGAUCGCCUCUUCUUCAGCGUCGCCGAGGCCAUCGCGGCGGCGCCGUACAAGGCGGUGCAGCCAUGACCCAUCCACCCUGAUAGACCGCAUGUAAGCAGAGCACAGCCGCCGCCCGACGUAGACCAGCAGAAUUAAGCGGUAGGACAAGUGGAGGCGGCUCAAGUAGAUCGAUGCAUAGAAGAAGUAAGAAGACGGGGAAGAUUAAGAAGGAAUCAAAGUUAGUUUGUUCGAGUGUUGCUGUGCUUGACUAGGGAGAGUGAUCAGGGUAAGGACGAAAUAAGGGCAGUGCCGAUCUCCGCUCUUUUCUUCUCGUCGUGGAGAAGAGACUUUUUUGAACAAAAUGUACCACUAGUCAGCAUGCAGUUGUUGUAGAACAAGAUGUAACUUGUAAGAUGCGUCAGAGGUAAUUAACUAAUGGAAGUUGAUUAAUUUCCUAGUCCA